GGUUUCAUUACCCUGUUUUGAUUUCCUUCUUUUUCCCUUCACAUUUAGUGCACUAAACAAAGCGUUAAUUUGAGCUGUAUACAAGAAUCACUUUCUGUUUUUCAACCUUGGCGGGGGUUUUCAAUAAUUGGACGCUCAAAACCCGACAAUUUCCCAUUUUUCAGAUUAGAGUUUUACACAGAGACAGUCACACUCAAACUGGCUCAUUCUAAUGCAAUUCAUAAAGUUUUACCCUCUUCUUUUCAUACCCAAUAAAAAACCCUAACCACCAUUGCUCCUUUCAUUUCCGUUCCCGCCAAUUCCACUCCACCGCCCUUCGUUUCUUGGCUGGAGGCUCCGCGGAUCCCGCCACAGUAAAGUUAGUGGUACUGAGGUUACAGAAAAUAUGGUGAGGUCUUGGUUACCGCAGAAGGUUAGCGAGACGCAACCAUUGAGGUUGAAAGAUGUUAAUCAGAGGAUGAAUCAACCUGGACUGUUUGGAAGUGAAGUUGCAAGGGUGCUUGGUGGCGGCGUCGUUCCAGGUUCUCUAAUUUUAAUUGGUAGUGAUCCUGGAGUUGGCAAGAGUACACUGUUAUUGCAGGUUGCUGCAAUAAUAGCUGAAGGACAGGAUGUUGGUAAACGAGAUCCAGUUGUGUAUGUCUCCGGCGAAGAGAGUGUUGAGCAAAUUGUGAAUAGGGCUGACCGUCUAAGUAUUGGUGUGGAGGAACUUUUCUUGUAUUCAAGUACUGAUAUUGAGGUUAAUGAAUGCACAUCAGCUUUGCUGCGUUUUGCCAAGAAGACAAAUAUACCAGUUCUUUUGGUUGGACAUGUGACCAAGUCUGGUGAUAUAGCAGGGCCUCGGGUUUUGGAGCACAUUGUUGAUGUUGUUUUAUAUUUGGAAGCACAUUUGUUGUUGGUUGUUGACCAUUUCUUUUCGUCUGAAGAUGUAUGUUACUUUAUGAUUUGCUUCGACCAAUUUCACCAGGGAGAGAAGCACUCAACUCAUCGAUUACUUUGUCCUGUGAAGAAUCGGUUUGGAUGCACAGAUGAGCUUGGAGUAUUUAAAAUGUCCCAAUCUGGUCUGCAAUCUGUUUCAAAUCCAAGUGAGAUAUUUCUAAGUGAGCAGUACUUAGGUUCAGAGGUUUUAGUCGGACUGGCUAUUGCCGUAAUCAUGGAUGGAUCUCAAAGUUUCCUUAUUGAAAUUCAGGCAUUGUGUGCCACUGGUUCAUCAGUUUCAAGGCAUGUUAAUGGGAUUCAAGCGAGCAGAGCUGACAUGAUUAUUUCAGUCCUUAAGAAGCAAGCUGGUCUAAUGCUCCAAGAUAAUGAUAUCUUUUUGAAUGUUGUUAGCGGGGUGACACUAACUGAGACUGCUGGGGAUCUUGCAAUAGCAGCUGCAAUUUGCAGUAGUUUCUUGGAGUUUCCUAUUCCCAAUAAUGUGGCAUUCAUUGGAGAAAUUGGCCUUGGUGGGGAACUUUGCACGUUAAUUAUCUGUGUUAUUUUAAUACACAAUACUUAAAAAACACUAUUGAACAUAAUGAAUUGCCUCUUUUGUGAGAUUUUAUCUUUUUCUACUUCUAAAAACUCAUGUUUAUGUCAUUGAUACCAUUUCUGUAUUUUCAAACCAAUUGCAUAUGAAGAGCAUUCUCUUUCUAAGAUU